AUGGAGGCAGAUUUCUCCGAAAUUACGGAGCAAGACAUCAUCGACGCCAACUUCGAGAAACUCAACAAGUACAAAAAUUUCAAAUGUACUAUUCACGAUAUGUUCUUCGAGGGCAAUGUCUACCAGAAGAAUCCCCUCAACCUACAUCACUGGCGGGCCAACGUGGCACGUCCUGCAUGGAAUAUCGACCUUCCGACGAAUUCUGCCAGCCAAAACCCGAACUCACCUAUUUCGACUACAGCAGACCUUUAUUUGGAAGUGGUUAAGUCUGAGCCAUGUGCACAAGAGAAUGACUCACUGGGUUUGGGUAAUGAGCCAAAGCAAAAGUCGAACACCGACCUACGACCUGGCGCAGCCUUGCAAUCAGUUAGCACGGACAAGAAGGAACUUCUUAUCGAGGAACCGGUCUACUACAAUGAUGACUUUUCUGACUCCCGAGACGAGGAUUGGUCGCGAUCGUCCUCUCGCUCUGCUCGCGGUGACGAUUUCACUGCUUGUAGUGUAGACGACUGCGGGUACUGUGGUAGAUGUUCUUACUGA